GGCCGGGAGGUGGCUUCGCGCAAGAUGGCGGCGAGCGGCCUCCGGCGGGCUGCUGCGGGGACCGGCGCCGCGGUGAAGCCCAUCUUUAGCCGGGACCUGAACGAGGCCAAGCGGAGGGUGCGCGAGCUCUACAGGGCCUGGUACCGGGAGGUGCCGAACACUGUGCACUUAUUCCAGCUGGACAUCACGGUGAAACAGGGACGGGACAAAGUCCGAGAGAUGUUUAAGAAGAACGCCCACGUCACAGACCCCAGGGUGGUUGACUUGCUAGUCAUUAAGGGCAAGAUGGAACUGGAGGAAACAAUUCAAGUGUGGAAGCAGAGGACACACAUUAUGCGGUUCUUCCAUGAAACAGAAACGCCAAGGCCAAAGGAUUUUCUGUCCAAGUUCUAUAUUGGCCACGACCCGUGAAGUCUCCUGGAAAGGUGCAUGUUGCUAUUUAAGUAUUUUAGAAGACAAAUAAACCCAGUUUGUUCUGGUCAAAAAAAAAAAAAAUGAAAUGAAAA